CGGGGGGGCGGAGGGUUCCGGUAGCCGGUGCGCGGCCGCAGCUCGCGGCGGAGCCGGGACAGCGGGACAGCGGGACAGCCGGGAUAACCGGGAUAACCGGGACACCCCGCGGGCCCCAGCCGGCGCCGAUGCCGAGCAGCAGCUGACGGCGGCGGGGACGCGGAAAUGGAGCCGCGGCCGGGCCGGGCCGUGCGGGCGCUGUGCGGCCUCUCCCUCCUCCUGCUCGUGGUCCUGCUGCCGGCCGUGCCGCAGCCCGGCCGCGCCGAGCGGGCCCCCGGCUCGCACCUGGACGAGUCGGCCAUCGCAGAGUUCUGCCGCAUCGACAAGGCCCUGUGCCACGACGAGGACGAGCAGCUGAGCUUCGAGGCCGUGCGCAACAUCCACAAGCAGAUGGACGACGACGCCAAUGGCAAUGUGGACGUGGAGGAGAGCGACGAGUUCUUGAGGGAAGACUUGAAUUACCAUGACCCAGCAGUCAAGCACAGCACUUUCCAUGGAGAGGACAAGCUCAUCAGUGUGGAGGAUCUCUGGAAGGCCUGGAAAACAUCCGAAGUGUACAACUGGACGGUGGACGAGGUGGUGCAGUGGCUCAUUGCCUACGUGGAGCUGCCCCAGUACGAGGAGACCUUCCGCAAGCUGCAGCUCAGCGGCCACGCCAUGCCCAGGCUGGCAGUGAACAACGCCACCAUGAUGGGCACUGUGCUCAAGAUGACCGACCGCAGCCACCGGCAGAAGCUGCAGCUCAAGGCCCUGGACACGGUGCUCUUCGGGCCUCCCCUCUUGACUCGACACAACCACCUCAAGGACUUCAUGCUGGUGGUGUCCAUCGUCAUCGGCGUGGGCGGCUGCUGGUUCGCCUACAUCCAGAACCGCUACUCCAAGGAGCACAUGAAGAAGAUGAUGAAGGACCUGGAGGGUCUCCACAGGGCUGAGCAGUCUCUCCAUGACCUGCAGGAGAGGCUGCAGAAGGCGCAGGAGGAGCACCGCUCCGUGGAGGUGGAGAAGGUGCACCUGGAGAAGAAGCUGCAGGAUGAGAUCAGCAUUGCCAAGCAGGAGGCACACCGGCUGCGGGAGCUGCGCGAGGGCACCGAGAACGAGCUCAGCCGCCAGAAGUACGCCGAGCAGGAGCUGGAGCAGGUGCGGAUGGCGCUGAAGAACGCGGAGAAGGAGCUGGAGUCGCACUGCAGCUGGGCUGCCCCCGAGGCCCUGCAGAAGUGGCUGCAGCUGACCCACGAGGUGGAGGUGCAGUACUACAACAUCAAGAAGCAGAACGCAGAGAAGCAGCUGCUGGUGGCCAAGGAGGGGGCUGAAAAGAUCAAAAAGAAGCGAAACACCCUUUUUGGGACGUUCCAUGUUGCCCACAGUUCCUCUCUGGAUGACGUGGAUCACAAAAUCUUAACUGCAAAGCAGGCGCUGAGCGAGGUGACGGCGGCGCUGCGGGAGCGCCUGCACCGCUGGCAGCAGAUCGAGCUGCUCUGCGGCUUCCAGAUCGUCAACAACCCCGGCCUGCACUCGCUGGCCUCGGCCCUCAACAUCGACCCCGCCUGGAUGGGCACGCCCCGGCCCAACCCCUCGCACUUCAUCAUCACCGACGACGUGGACGACCUGGACGAGGAGCUGGUGUCACCCAUGUCCAUCCAAUAUGCAGCCUGGCUUUUCGGGCGCAGGUUCAGCGACCGCUCCUCGCUGUCCUCGGAGGACCAGUCCCUCUGGAAAUACCCUGCUCCGGCCUUGCCCAGCACAGUCCGGCAGCGCCUGGUGGAGCCGCAGCACGGCCACGGAUCGCAGAGGUUGGUAGAGAGUCUCGUGCCGGGGCAGCCCGAGGCAGGCCCCGUGGCCCCGCUGCGGGCGGGCCGAGUGUCCCUGCGCCGAAUGCACAGCCUCACCUCCGGACAGUCCUUCAGCUCCGACCUGCCCGGCUCCAGCCCAUCGCCUGCCUCCACCUCCUCCACCUCCUGCUCCUCAUCCACCACCACCGCACCUGCUCCUGCUUGCCAUGUCCACCCUAUCUAUUACCAUCACACCACCUCUUAUUUCCUCCAGAUGGAUUCCAUCCCCGACCUGCCCCCUCCUGAUGUCACCUCUGGAGUUCGCUGUCGCACUGGGAGCUUUGGAGAUUUAACUCGCUGCGACUCCGACUCCUCCAUCCCGCACCUGAGCGACCACCAGCGUAUCCCCAGCUCGGCGCCCAAGCUGCUGGCUGCCCGGCCCACGCUGCUGACCAGGUCCAUGGAGGAGGCUGCCCCCGCGGCCCCGGGCCCCGGCGCGCCCACCCCCAACGGCGGCAGCCGGCACGGGGAGCCCUCCGCCCUGGCGGCCUUGCAGGAGCGGCUGCCCGAGAGCCCCAUGGUGAUGAAGAAGAUGAUGAUGGUGAACCACGGCAUGGAGAAGUCCUCCAGCCUGGGGGAGAUCAGCCACCCGACGGCCGGCAAGCCCAGCCACUCGGAUUCGUCGCGGUCGCACAGCCCCAGCUCCACCGAGCCCGACACCCCCUCCCCCAUCUCUGACUGCCGGCCCAGCGGCGCCAGGAACACCCGCAUCCCGCAGCUGGCCGCCAAGAAGAGCCCGGGGGACGAGGACAGCAGCCUGACGGGCGACGAGGUUGACCUCGGCCAGAGCAAGAAAAAGUUCCCCCUAAAGAUCUUCAAGAAGCCCAAGAAGUAGGGGGGGAGCCCCCCGGACGCGUCCCGCCGGGCCGGGCCGGCCGUGCACCGGGAGCGCAGCGCGGCCCGGCACCCGCGCCCGAGCCCCCAGCGCCGGCACGGGAGGAGCUAUUUAAACUUAUUUAUUUCCUCAUCUCCGAGGCGAGAAGCGCGAGAAGAGCCGCCCCUGCCUGCCUCCCUCCGACCGCUGCGGUCCCGGCUUUGCUGUGCAUGGCUUCCAGUUACUCCUGCUCUGCUCAGCCACGCGGCCUUUGGGUUUGGUUUCAAUGUGGUUUUAUUUUUUAUUUUAUUUUAUUUUAUUUUCUGUCGUUGUUAUUAAUUUGUUUUCCUGCCUCCUCCGACUUUUGCACAGGCUGAGGGCGGGCUCGCCGGGGUCGCGGCGGUUCUCCCGCAUUUCUCCGAGUCAGUUCUCCGGGCCGGGCCCUCGGCUGCAUCCCUGGGAAGGGGAUCCCCUCCCGGGCAGCCCUCGCUGCCCAGCAGCAGGGGAGGACUCUGCCCUUGCCGGUACUUGUGCGCUCCCGGUGCCCACGGCGGGGACGGGGCUGUCCCCGCAGCGCUCUGCCCGUGCCGGGGGGACACGGGAGGGACACGCCUGACCCUGGCUUCACUUCCCCGGGCACCCUCCCCGGCCCCCUGCACUCCUCCCAGCCCGCCGUGCCCGGGGACACAGCUGGUGACGAGGGACAGUGAGGGAAGGGCCCUGGUGACAAGGGGCAGUGAGGGAAGGGCCCUGGUGACAAAGGACAUUGAGGGAAGGGCUGUCCCUCGGGGUGCUGGUGCAGAGCCAGGUCCAGCUGCCACAUCCACAUGGAGAGGAGAGGAGGGGGCUCCCCGGAGCAGGGUCUGUCCCGUGUCCCCUGUCCUGGCUGGGCAGGGCCAGAGGGAGGGACCAGCACACAGCGGGGCUCUCCAGGGCAGGGGACAGGCCGUGCCUGGCUGGCAGGACCAUGACAGAGUCCUCCCCGGGAGCAGGCGGGCACUGGGGGCUCUGUGCCCCCCGAGGGACGCAGGAGGCUCACAGGCAGUGUCCCCUCACCCUGAGGCCACACGCCGGGGUGCCCCUGGCUGUGCCAGCCCGACCCGGGGCUCAGUCUGUCCUGAGCCACUCCCAGGGCUCUGCCAUCCUCCCUCAGCACAGUGUGGGUCACAUCCUGCUGCUCACAGCCCCCGGCUCCCCUCGGCGUGUCCCCAGCACAGCCUGGCCACUGCUGGGUCCCCACUCAGGGCAGCGGCUGCGGCUCAGUCCCACUCCCUGCGAGGGCUGAGCCUGUCCAGAGGGGUGAGCCCUGCCCCGGGGCUGGGCACCGAGGGGUGAGCCCUGCCCCAUCCCCGGGUCUGGGCACCGAGGGGUGAGCCCUGCCCCAUCCCCGGGGCUGGGCACUGUCCCACCCCGAGGGGUGAGCCCUGCCCCAGCCCCUGCCCCGAGGGGGGAGCCCAGCCCCGGGGCUGCCAGGGGAUCCCCCAAACCCCCUCCCACCCCACUCGAGGUGGCUCCCUGGCACCACACGACCCCCCCAGCCCGGGGUCCCUGUCCUCAGCACCCCCUCCGUCCCCAGACCACCAUCCCGCACGUCCCCGGGGUGGGCAGGGGGCUGCUCCUGCCGAGGCAGAGGAGGAUGCACGAUGGGGGAGGAGGAGGAGGAGGAGGCCGGGCCGGAUGCCGAGAGCCCCCCCGGGGCCUUGCUUUAUGCCAGAGUAAUAUAUUUGUGUCUUGACAAUUCAGGAAGGGCUACAAAGGUGUUUUUUGUUGCGUAGGCGGGAGUUAAACAAUUUCACUGUUGCUUUGGGAUAAGUGAAAAAUUCCUCUCAAUGACUUUAAGUGCCUGCAUUUCCCUGGGGACGGGGGGACGCGCUCGGCCCCACAACGGGGCUGCUGCUGGGCACCCCGAUUCCGUGGGCACCCCAAUCCGUGGGCACCCCGAUUCUGUGGGCACCCUGAUCCAUGGACACCCCGAUUUGUGGGUACCCCAAUCUGUGGGCACCCUGAUCCGUGGGCAUGCCAGUUCAUGGGCACCCUGCUUUGUGGGUGCCCAGAUUCCUUGGGCACCCCAGUCCAUGGGCACCCCGAUUUGUGGGCACCCUGCUGUCACGGGCAGGGCCCCCCGGGAGCGGGGCCAGCGGGGUCGGGGCCGGAGCUGCUUGUGGUGUCAGAGACCUGUGGAUGCUUCUGGAGAAGGGGUUGGGGAUCCACCAAACGGCAACUGUUGACACAUCUGCCAACUCUUGAUUUAAGGUGGUUUUUGUUUUUUGUUUUUUGUCAUUUCAUAAAACUUUUCAAUCCAAUAAAGCAUGUAGUCUAUUUUACGA